UUCUAACUCCCUGCCCCGCAGGUGACGGAGCUCGCCGGUUACACCGCCCGGGUCUAUGAGAUGUUCCAUGUCUUUGAGGACGUGCAGCGCGGGCGCUUUGCCCGGCCCGGCGAGGCGGAGGAGGGCGGGGACCAGGCCAUGGCCGCCAUGAGACAUGGGGUGCGCGUGGAGGGGCCCCUCAGCAUUCGCGGCCGGGUCGUGGAUGUGGAAAAUGGAAUCAUCUGUGAAAACAUCCCAAUUAUCACCCCCACCGGGGACGUGGUGGUGGCCAGCCUGAACCUCAGGGUAAAGGGGAGCCCAGGGCCGGGUUGGCAGGGGCUGCGGGUCGGGAGUGAGGGGCACCG